AUGGCCAAAACUAGAAGUGCCGUAAAAGCUGCUACCAAAGAGCCCGAGCACGAUCUCCAGCUCCCACUGUCGAGUGAAGAGUCUGGAAGUGAAGGCGAACUGGAAGGGCUUUCCAGUGCUGAGGAAUCCGAAGACGAAAGCGAUGAGAAUGACGAAAACGAAAAUGAUAAAGAGUCAGUUAAAACCACCAAGAAUCCCUCUAAAACCGGAUCUCAUGUCGUAAACAUACAAAAGACCAGCAAUGUGGCACGAAAGACAGACAAAAGCAAAAACAAGAGAGGUGUCAUCUAUGUAGGUAGACUUCCACAUGGACUUUACGAAAAGGAAAUGCGUCAGUAUUUUGACCAAUUUGGUGAAAUUUCCAGAUUACGGAUAUCAAGAAACAAAAAGACGGGCAAGUCCAAGCAUUAUGGGUUCAUCGAGUUCCAAGAUAAGGAAGUUGCCAAGAUUGCAUGUGAGGCUAUGAACAACUAUUUGGUAUUUGGACACAUGUUGCAAGUGCAGAUGGUUGAAGAAGCCAAUGUUCACGAUGAGCUUUUCUCGGGCCACCACGUACAGUAUAAGCCAUUGCCCCACAAGCUGAUCAGCAGGCAUAGACAUGAUUCACCUAAGACCAAAGAUCAAUGGGAGAAGCUCGAAGCCAAGCAAAAGCAGCGGAAAGAGGCACGUAAGAAGAAGUUGGCAGCGGCGGGAAUUGAUUUUGAAUAG